GUGCGCCGCCACAGGCGGGGCCGCGCACGCGUGUCACAGCGGCACUAUCUGCAUGCAGAGAUUGAAGAUUAAGCUGACAGGACAACUUCUUUAGCCACCUGGCUUCGCUGUCAGACAAAAGGGACCCUGAAGAUCAACCCUGACCAUGCUGAGAUUUGGGCAGCACCUCAUCAAGCCCUCGGUGGUGUUCCUGAGGACGGAGCUGUGCUUUGCUCUGGUGAACCGCAGGCCGGUGGUGCCAGGACAUGUCCUUGUUUGCCCCCUGCGGCCGGUGGAGCGUUUCCGUGACCUGUGUCCCGAGGAAGUGGCUGAUUUGUUUUGUACAGCACAAAGGGUCGGGAACGUGGUGGAGAAACAUUUCUGUGGCACUUCGCUCACCUUUUCCAUCCAGGAUGGCCCUGAAGCUGGACAAACAGUGAAGCAUGUUCAUGUCCAUGUGCUGCCAAGGAGGGCUGGAGACUUCAGCAGGAAUGAUGAUGUCUACGAGGAGGAAGUUGAAAUCCUGGGAGGCUGCAAUGUGGGGUUGGCUGGCUGUGUUCAGAGCAGGGACUGCUGCAGCGACACGACAAAGAUGAUUCCCCUGACAAGUGGAGGACAGAGGAAGAAAUGGCAGCUGAAGCAGAAAUUCUGAAGAAGUAUUUCCAGGAAAAUUAGAGGUAACAAAGUGUUUGGAAUACUUCCCAAGACACCAGAAAGUCCCCAGAAAGAACAACCUCAUUCUCCAGUUCUCAGUGGCCCUGGAACUGCAGCUCAACAAUUUUAUUAUGUUCUACAAGUAUGGGAUUCUUCCAUGAAAAAUUUUAUUGGACCUUUGGAUAUCAUCAAGGUUGAAUUCCAGCUAAGACAACUAAACAGCACUGGUUCAAAAUAUUGCUCCGAAUUGUAACUCAUAUUUUUCUGAAUUGUGUACUUGGGAAUGAAUCUUUUUAAAUUGUCCCUUGGCCUAAAUAGAAAUAAAGUGCCAGGAAAAUCAAGUAGCUACUGCGUUUAGGUACGUUAUAAAGUGUUUACUCCUUGUGUGCUCUUUGAUUCAGUUACUGUAUGUAGGCUAUUUUAUCACAGAAAAAUUAGAUCUUUUAGCAGUGUGGCAAUUCAUACAAACCAAGACUUUGUUACAGACUAGCCAAGAUAAACUUGGAAAGCUGUUUCUUCUUCAGGUGAGUUCUAUAACAAGAAAUAUUAAGCUUCCUGAGAUCUUUCUUUUUUCUGUUCUUUUAAAGCAUUAUGAAAAGGCUUAUCUUUUUAAGUGACACAAAACACUUCUGUAAAACAAUUAAUAUGGGAAGUUGCUCAUGGGAUAGUAAUCACAUUAGGGUUAGGCUGGCAUGAAUGGCUGCUCCCAGCCAUAAACAACGAGUGGGAGCCUCCCACAUGGAACAAUCUCUGGGCAAGAAAUGCUGUGUUGAGAACCCUGCACAGGAAGAAACCCACCAUGGGUUAGUUGUUGAUUGCUAACACAUAAUACAGGAAAAGAAGGCAAACAACAGAUGGAAGAGAGAAGAAAUGAGUCCGUAAGAUCUGCAUGA